AUGAUGAUGCUCCUCAUGGUGGUUCUUCCCUCCCUACUUACGGGUGGCCUUGCCAUCCGCGAGAUGCCACCAGAAUCUACGGGUCAGCAGCCCGGUGAGGCCUCACCAAUUGAGGAAGCCGCUGCUGAAGUGGAGAAGACUUUGGCCGAGGUGGGAGAUAUAGACACAAACAAGACGGCGUGCAGUCCUCUAACUUUCACACUUCCGCACGGCUACAGGCCAGGUGCAUACCUUUGGGCAGCAUUAUCUGGGAAUGGGGUCACUGUUCGGCCAGUUGUUGAGCCCAAUUGUUCGGUGAAAUCCUUGCGGGACGGAAAUUGCACAAGCUUGCUAGGAAAGCAUCUUUCUGGUAGCGGACCUGGUAGCGUACUUGGCGAGAUGUACGUGCGCAAGAUCGGGGAUCUUGAUGCAAGCCAGCACGACCGCAAAACAAUUCUGCUUCAUUGGGCAUCAAUGGUACGUGGCCAAAAGGACUACCCAGUCACAGUCGAGUUGGAAUGUGAAGGCAGAACACAGCAUACGUUGCCAGAAGACGUGGACGAUGUCCUGAUGACUUUCAGUUGUGCAGCGCUUCUGCCGCUUCUGCUUGUGCUCGCAUGUCUGGGGGUGUUCAUCAUGCCAUGCUUCUUUUGCCGGCUGUGCGGUGCUUGCGGCGGGAUCGGGUUGGCAGCAGUUCCUCCAGGUCCGGAAUCUCCCGAUCAUGUUGCAACAUGGCUGGAGCAGAGCUGGUUCAUACGUGCAACAGAUUGGAGUUGGAUUCGGGUUGGUGUUGUGAUUGUCCUGGCAUCUCGCUUGUUUCUUGUAUCUUGCAUGUUCCCAACUUCUGCAACACUGCUGAACACUGUGUCGUGGUGCAUUAGUUUAUGCCAUCUGGUGCUGGGUCUCUCCGUCAUUUGGGGCCUUCGUUCUAUGCGCAGGGUCAUGCUUGCCUACUGCACUGACGACCUUCAGAUGUCAUUACGAGGCGAGUUCCGGCUGAUAGCCUGUGUGCUUGCUCCGAAAAUGUUUCUGGCGUUUGUGAUUAGCACAGGGGGCCUGCCGAUUCUAUGCAUUCUGUUCAUCUCACAUCAAGUCUACGGCUAUGGCGAUGCGGGGUUAGUACAGGGCCUGGCUUUCCUCGGUUGUGAAAGCUUGAUCUUCAUCAUGAUGACCAGGUUUUUGCUUGAGGCCGCCAUUGCAGGCCGUAUUGUGGAGGCCGAGGUUGGCGAAGUAAAACGAGGCCUCGACAUGCUAACAGUAGACCCAGAUCUUUUGACGAAAGCACGCGCGGGUUGCGGAAAGCUCGCAAAAGAGAUCCUUCCGGAGCUGGCAAAGAUAAGUGGACCAACAUUGUGCCUCGCAGCAUUGCAUGGUGCAUUGCAUUUUGUCUAUGUUGUUGGCUGGCUCGUGAUGACAAGCGGGGAGUAUAUGCCAUCCACGUAUUUGACCUUUCUCUUGGUAUGCUCGCAGCUGGACAUUUUGGUUGGACCUCUAUGCCUCUUCCUGCCCGCCAGAGUUUCUGAUGCCUUUGCAGACCUAUUGGAAAUCUUGAAUGAGCUGCGGAUCAAGCCAGUCAAGGAGGGUUGCAGUGCUGAGGUGGACAGAGAAGUUCGACUCAUGCGUAGCUUCAUCAAAGACGCAAACCGUGGGAACGGCUUGGGCUUCAAACUACUCGGGACAGUAGUGGACAAGCAGAUGAUUAUUUCGAUCGUCACGAAGCUUGUCGCCGCGUCUUCCGUCGUUGUGACAUUGCUGCGCCAGGUAUACAAAGCGGGACAGGAUGAAGUGGAGGCAGAACAUCUGCUCGCGGGAGAUGGACCCGUGUAUGGCUGA